AUGGGCAGUAUAGAAGGACUGUCGCACCUACCAGAGUCAUCCUGCCAGGUAGCUUCUUACCUACACCAGAAAAGACUGUUUCCUCCGCUCCUGGAGAGCACACGGUGGACUCAGGUGGCUCUGUCUGAUGAUCAGAGGCAGCACAGGACACCGAGCGAGUGCAUCGCUAACAACUACAGCCCACAGGCUCGACACCUGAAGAUCACACACCUGCAGCCCACACACUACUGCAAGGUGAGCACAGCAUCUGUUUCAGGGCACCAGGGAGAUCGGCAUAUGGUUAACACCACUUUCAGUCAGCCGGGCAGUGUGGGAACUUCUGCCAGGCAUGUCUUAGUGGUUCCUGGCAGGAUCCAGUGUUAUCACUUUGGAUCUGCUUCACAUGAGGCCAUUCCAGCUAUGGCUCAAUGGACUCUUUCGAAGGAUGCCUCGCUUUCGAGCUGGGGUGCGACCUUGGAUGGCCGCCCUGCCACAGAGUCUAUGGUAGGGCCCUUAUCUCUCAUGGCACAUAAAUUGCCUGUAGAUGAGGGCCGUGUUUCUAGCGUUGAAAUGCUCUCUUACACCUCAAAGGCUGCCAUGCAUUAUUGCACUCAGACAGCACUGCGGAGGUUUCCUAUAUCAAUCAACAGGGCAGUCUGCAUUCAUGCCCAAUGUUCAGAUUUCCUGUCGAGGCAUGUGCUGAGUGGCCGAGGGCCCAUCUGUAUGCCUUUCCCCAGUAGCUCUGCUCUCACAGGUCCUAGCCAGAGUGCGCCACAACUGAGUCAAACUUCUCCUAGUGGCUCCUCGUCGGCCCUCUCGAGUUUGGUUCAUGGACCUAGUCUUCCUCCUAGAUGGAACUCUCUCUUGGGUGAAGGGGCAAUCCUACCCCCCCCGCUCCAAGAUGUGGAAGCACUGGGUCUGGCCCCUGAUCAGUUCCUAGAGGCAGGCCUCUCAUCUGAUGUGAUGGAAGUCAGAUGUUCUGCUCCAUCAGAGAAGAGGGUAAAACCUACUUGCAGACUGCACAGGCAGGCAGUGACCUCAGUGAGUCACCCUUUAGCCCCUGAACAGCAGCUGGCCAUCAUGAAGGAGCAGGAGGAGCUGGAAAAGAAAUACUUGACAGAACCCACUCCCACUGAGUUAGAGAGAUAUAUGUACUACAUCAGCAGUGGGCUUCAGGAGGAUGCUGUCAACCCUCAGCCUCCUCACCACAUCACUAACAUCCUUAAGCUCCUUUCUGUCGAUUUCCACGGUAAACAGAUGCUGCAAAACCUAUUGGAGGAAGUGAAGAGCAGUUUUAAUUUUAGCAUUCGCAAAAGCAUAGUGGAUUACAUCCUGUUAGAUGAGCAGCAGAGGAAGAGGCUGUCCAUCUCCAGUGUUCCUCGUCCUGUUCCUCAGCGUGUGAUUCAGGCGCCGGUUCCCUGGACUCACUCUUACAGACAUGCUCACAGCUGGUGCACACAGAACCUUUUUACCCUCAAUCCCAUAAUGCAUCAGCUUCAGGAACUCUGGAUCAACAAUUUCUCACACCUACGUUUUGUGCAUUUGGAGGAUUUUCACUUUCAGAAUUCGCCGCUGCUGCCCUCUGAGUUUCAGCAGCUUAUAGAAACACAGUGUCAGACCAUCAGAGACUUGCUCAACAACAUGUGGUUGCCACAGUGUGCAUCACUCUUUCAUACCUAUAAGGAUGCUUGGUAUCCUCUGGUGCCACAGAGAGAGGAUGUUGUCCCAGUGAAAGCACAGAAGUUUUUCUCCUCUGUGGCUGCACUGAUGUCACUCCAGCUUCGCAGCCUGGUGAUUACAUCACUGUAUGACCUGCUGCACUUCCUGUCACUAUACCAGGAUGGUAAUGAUUUCAGGGAGUGUUAUGAUGAGCUGAGAUACACACAGCGCCCACUCCUGUUAGUCAAGAUGAUGGUAGAAGAGUCGAGUGUCACCUUUCAGCCUCCUCUGUCUCAUUGCUGGGAGCUUAUCAUGAACUCCUUCAUCCACAUCAUCUCCAGCGCUGAACACUUACCUCGGGUGGAGUGUAUCCUGUUCCCUGAGCUCCAGAGGAUGGAUUUAACACUGCGCUCGGUCAGACAUGAUGAAUUGCUUGUGACAGACGUACUAACUCAAGCCAGAGUGAUCUAUCAAAGGAACACUGUAGGACCUCAUAGAUAUUUGGAGAUUUAUAAUAAAUACAGCAACCUGCUGGAUCAGUCAGCCAGACAAGAUGUUCUCUCAUACUUGCAGGAGAAACACUCUCUACAGGGCUUUGUCAAAAAGAUUGAGGGAGUGAAUCAUGUGUGUAAUGAGAUCUCCUCUCUCCGUGUGACCGUCCCUCUGUCACUCUUCUGUCUGGAUGCUGUGAAGCUACACCAGGAUCUGUGUGACCACACAGAGAACCUGAAACAUCUGCUCAUUAACUAUGAGGUGGAGGAGAACCGAAAACUUAACCAGAGUAUUUGUCAGCAGUACCAGCAGAUUGUGAACACAGUGAUGACUGUACCAGCCAACACAGAAGAACUCGUGGAGCUCAGUAACUUCCUGAAACUCACCAGUGAUGUGACUCUACACACACUGCGGGAUGAAAUUAGCGAAGCGGCUAAACGCCUUGACUUCCUGCUGGACUACGCCAGUCUCUCUGGUGAUGACAUUAAGCUGAACAGCAGAGUGUUCCACUGGCCAGAACAGAUCCGUAUUGUGUGUGAGGUCCAUAAGGACAAACUGACCAGUCAGAGAGAUCAUGUUGAGGAGGAGCUUCACAUGAAGGUUACAGUGCUGGAACAAACACUGCAGAGUUUAUCUAAAGACAUGGAAAUGUUUAAGAAGAAAGAAAUUAUGAGUGUGGAGGAGCUGAAGAACAAUGUGGAGAAACUCAUUGAGAUCACAGCAUGCCUGGAGAAUGCCAGCACACAGCUUGAGCACAUUAAUAAGGAGGAGGUUUUGUUGGCAAAAGACCAGACUAAUUUACCCUUGGUGCAGAUCAUCAUGACCAACAAACAGCCUUAUGAUCAGCUGUGGAGCACUGCCCUGAACUUCCACAUUAACUCAGAAAUCUGGAUGAGUGGCCCUUUCAUGGAGCUGAAUGCAGAGCAGAUUUCUGAUGACCUGUCUAACAUGUACAGACAUAUGUACAGGGCUGUGAAGGUCUUCUCUGAGGUUGCAGCUCCACGCAGAGUGGCUGAGUGUUUCCGUACCAAAAUCGACAAAUUCAAGCAGCACCUACCCAUCCUGAGUACCAUCUGUAACCCUGGCAUUAAACCCCGCCACUGGGAAAGGAUCAGCAGCAUUGUGGGAUUUGAGGUAAAGCCAGACGCAGACACUUCUCUCGCAGACAUGCUGGAGCUUGGCCUGCACAAAUAUGCUGACAAGAUAGAGGAGAUCGGUGCAGCUGCCAGUAAGGAGUAUUCUCUGGAAAAGGCUUUAGACAAGAUGAAGAACGAGUGGACAGACCUCCAGUUUGCCUUCACAGAAUACAGAGACACGGGUACAAGUGUUGUAUCUGCAGUGGAUGACAUCCAGGUGUUGUUGGACGAUCACAUCAUUAAGACACAAACAAUAAAGGGUUCUCCAUUCAUCAAACACAUUGAGGAUGAGUGCAAGGAAUGGGAGGAUAAGAUCUUGGAGAUGCAGGGAAUUUUGGAUGCUAUGUUGAAGUGUCAGUGCGCUUGGCUCUAUCUGGAGCCCAUCUUCAGCUCGGAGGACAUCAUCGCGCAGAUGCCUGAGGAGGGCCGGAAGUUCAAAAUUGUUGACGCAUGCUGGAGGGACAUUGUUGCAGAAGCGUUAAAGGACACACACGUGUUAGUGAGCACAUCACAGCCCAACAUGCUGGAGCGUCUGGAGGAGUCAAAUGUCUUCCUGGAGGAAAUUCAGCGUGGUCUGAACACCUAUCUGGAGGAAAAAAGGCUCUACUUUCCCAGGUUCUUCUUCCUGUCAAAUGAUGAGCUUUUGGAGAUCCUGUCAGAGACCAAGGAUCCUCAGAGAGUCCAGCCUCACCUGAAGAAGUGCUUUGAGGGAAUCGCUAAGCUGGAGUUCACCUCAGAGCUCGUGAUCACUGGCAUGAUCAGCUCAGAAAAAGAGAUAGUCCCCUUUACACACCCCAUCGACCCUGCUAAGGCCAAGGGCAUGGUUGAGAAGUGGCUCCUGGAGGUAGAGCACACGAUGCUGAGAAGUGUAAAAGAUGUUAUACAAAGUGGGUUAGAGCAGUAUCCUGAGGUCCCCAGGAAGAAGUGGGUGUUGCAGUGGCCUGGUCAGGUAGUGAUCUGUGCCUCCUCCAUUUUUUGGACCAGUGAGGUAUCCAACGCUAUACAGAAUAAUACUCUGCCUGCAUACACAGAGCAGUGUACUGCUCAGAUUGCAGACAUUGUUGAGCUGGUCAGGGGGAAACUCCCAGGAGGAGCUAGACUUACACUGGGAGCUCUAACAGUUAUUGAUGUGCACGCACGUGACGUUGUGGCGAAGCUGGCGAAGGACGGCGUGUCCUCUCUAAAUGACUUCCAGUGGAUCUCACAGCUGAGAUAUUACUGGGAGGGAAGUGAGGUCAUGGUGAGGAUGAUCACCACUGAGGUCAUAUAUGGAUACGAGUACUUGGGGAACUCACUACGACUCGUCAUCACCCCGCUCACAGACCGCUGCUACAGGACACUAAUGGGAGCUCUGAAGCUGAAUCUGGGUGGAGCUCCAGAGGGACCUGCAGGAACAGGAAAAACAGAGACCACCAAAGAUCUGGCCAAGGCUCUGGCCAAACAGUGUGUGGUGUUUAAUUGUUCAGAUGGUCUGGACUAUAAAGCGAUGAGUAAGUUCUUCAAAGGUUUGGCUCAGUCAGGAGCGUGGGCGUGCUUCGAUGAGUUCAACCGUAUUGAGGUGGAGGUGUUAUCAGUAGUGGCUCAGCAGGUGUUGAGUAUCCAACAGGCCAUAAUGAAGAAUCUGCAGAGGUUUAUGUUUGAGGGAACUGAACUCUCACUGAACCCAACCUGCUGUGUGUUCAUCACCAUGAACCCAGGAUACGCCGGCCGAGCAGAGCUGCCUGAUAACCUUAAAGCUCUGUUCCGUACAGUAGCCAUGAUGGUGCCAGAUUACGGACUGAUUGGAGAAAUAUCACUCUACUCUAUGGGCUUUAUUCAGUCCCGCAGCCUGGCACAGAAGAUCGUAGCGACAUAUCGCCUAUGUUCAGAACAGCUGUCCUCACAGCACCACUAUGAUUAUGGCAUGAGAGCCGUCAAAUCAGUCCUGACUGCAGCAGGGAACCUGAAACUAAAGUUCCCAGAGGAGAAUGAGAGCGUGCUGCUGCUCAGAGCACUGAUGGAUGUCAACAUGGCUAAAUUCCUCGCCCAGGACGUCCCUCUCUUCCAGGGUAUUAUAUCAGAUCUCUUUCCCAGCGUGGUUUUGCCUAAGCCUGAUUAUGGGUUAUUGCUAAAAGCUCUGGAUGAAAACAUCAGGAAUCUCAAACUGCAGCCUGUUCCCUGGUUCAUCGGCAAGAUCAUACAGGUGUACGAGAUGAUGCUGGUGAGACAUGGCUUUAUGGUUGUUGGUGAGCCACUUGGGGGGAAAACCUCUGCAUAUAAAGCUUUAGCAGGAGCUCUGGGGAGCAUGUAUGAGGAGGGUCUAGGUGAGGAGUGUGCAGUAGAUUUCCGCAUCAUUAACCCCAAGUCCAUCACCAUGGGUCAGCUGUAUGGCUGUUUUGAUCCAGUGAGUCACGAGUGGACGGACGGCGUCUUGGCCACGACGUUCCGCGAGCAGGCGCAGUCGACAAGCGAAAGCCGCCAUUGGAUUGUGUUUGAUGGGCCAGUCGAUGCCGUGUGGAUCGAAAACAUGAACACUGUACUUGAUGACAACAAAAAGUUGUGUUUAAUGAGCGGUGAGAUUAUCCAGAUGAGUCCUAAGAUGAGUCUGAUCUUUGAGCCAGCUGACCUGGAGCAGGCCUCACCAGCUACUGUCAGCAGGUGCGGUAUGAUCUAUAUGGAACCGCAUCAGCUAGGCUGGACUCCACUCAGAGACUCUUACAUGGACACACUACCUGAAAGCCUGUCACCAGAACACACAGAGUUGAUUGUGGCUCUCUUUGAUUGGUUGGUGCAGCCGUGUCUGGAUUUCAUUUAUCAUAAUUGCCGUUUCCUGGUGCAAACUUCACCCAUCCACCUUGCCUACAGUCUUAUGCGCCUGUAUUCCUGUCUGCUCGAUGAGAUUGCAGCAACACAAGAGGCGGCAGAGCCGAUGUCCAGCCAGCAGAUAACCAUGUGGCUGCAGGGCCUGUUCCUAUUCGCUGUGGUUUGGACAGUGGGUGGGACAAUAAACGGUGACAGCAGAAAGAAGUUUGAUGUCUUUUACAGGAAUCUGCUCACGGGAACGAUGGAUGAGUAUCCGAGACCCAAGAGUGUCAAACUUACUAAAAACAGCAUAUUCCCAGAGAGAGGUUUGGUGUAUGAUUAUUAUUUCCAUAAGCAUGGACCUGGACAGUGGAACAUGUGGACUGACUCCAUCAGUAAAGAAGAGAGCACCAUACCAGCUGGAGCAAAUGUGUCUGACCUCAUCAUUCCCACCACUGAGACAUCACGUCAGUUCUUCUUCCUGAGGACGUACCUGUCUCACCAGGUGCCCAUGCUGUUUGUGGGUCCUACAGGAACUGGCAAAUCCAUCAUCAACUCUAACUUCCUGAUGUCUCUGCCUAAAGAGAAAUACGUACCCAAUUGCCUCAACUUCUCUGCCCGCACUUCUGCCAACCAGGUGCAAGACAUCAUCAUGGCCAAGCUGGACCGACGCCGGAAAGGUGUGUUUGGACCACCGAUGGGAAAGAAUUGUAUCAUCUAUGUGGAUGACCUGAACAUGCCUGCGAAGGAGGUUUACGGAGCUCAGCCCCCCAUCGAGCUGCUGCGGCAGUGGAUUGAUCAUCAGCACUGGUACGACAGGAAGGACACGUCCAGACUGGACAUCGUAGAUGUGCUGUUUAUGUCUGCCAUGGGGCCCCCUGGUGGAGGGAGGAAUGACAUCACAGGUCGUUUCACACGCCACCUGAACAUUGUCUCCAUCGACUCAUUUGAUGAAGAGACGCUCAGUAAGAUCUUCUCCUCCAUUACUGACUGGCACUUCAGCACAGGAUUUGAUGCGUCCUUCUACAGGCUGGGGAAGAUCCUAGUUCAGGCCACCAUGGCAGUGUAUAAAGAUGCGAUGGAGAAUUUCCUGCCCACUCCAACUAAAUCUCACUACAUAUUCAACCUUAGAGACUUUGCCAGGGUUGUCAAAGGAGUGCUGUUGUGCCCACACACACACAUGCAGGAAGGUGACAAACUGAUCAGAUUGUGGAUUCAUGAGAUUUACCGCGUCUUCUACGAUCGUCUGAUCGACAGCGAGGACAGAACUACGUUCUUCAACAUUGUUCGAGAGAGAACAUCAGCCUACUUCAAACAGACCCUGGAUAAGCUCCUGUGCCAUCUCUCUCCGAGUGGUAAGGUGUCAGAUGACCACAUUAGAUCCCUCUUUUUUGGUGACUAUGCCACUCCGGAUUUGGAUGCAAACAGAACCUAUGAUGAGAUCCGAGACCUUAACUCACUCACCAAAGUCAUGGAGCAUCACCUGCAGGAGUUUAACAACAUGAGCACAGCCCCAAUGAGCCUUGUUAUGUUUCAGUUUGCCAUCGAGCACAUCUCCCGUAUCAGCCGUGUGCUGAAGCAGGACAACGGCCACUUGCUCCUCGUGGGCAUCGGAGGAUCCGGACGCAGCAGCGCCGCCAAACUUGCCACCUUCAUCAGCCAGUAUGAGCUCUUCCAAAUCGAGCUCACAAAGACCUAUGGUGCGUCUGAGUGGAGGGACGACCUGAAGCGCGUGAUGAUCAAGGCCGGGUUGGAGGGGAAAAAGACCACUUUCCUUUUAGGGGAUGGACAGAUGAAGGAUGAGAUGUUUGUGGAGGACGUGAACACGCUUCUGAACACCGGAGAUGUGCCCAACAUGUUCGCACAGGACGAGCGCGCUGAAAUCGUGGAGAAAAUGCAGACUGUCGCCAAGAACGAGGGGAAAAAAAUCGACGCCACGCCACUCUCUAUGUACAACUACUUUAUUGAUAGAGUCAAAGGGAACCUGCAUAUUGUUCUGGCGAUGAGUCCAAUUGGUGACGCAUUUCGGAACCGUCUGCGCAUGUUCCCGUCUCUGAUUAACUGCUGUACGAUCGACUGGUUCCAGGCGUGGCCUACAGAUGCACUGGAGAUGGUUGCUAACAAAUUCCUGGAAGAUGUGGAGCUGGAGACUCACAUUAGGAUAGAGGUGGUGGAAAUGUGUAAAACAUUCCAGGAAAAUGUGCAGAAGCUCUCCGAACAAUAUUACUCACAGCUGCGCAGGCAUAAUUAUGUCACCCCCACAUCCUACUUGGAGCUGAUCCUCACCUUUAAGACACUUCUGAAGGCAAAACGCAACGAGGUGGACACUGUCAGGAACCGCUACCUGAUUGGCCUGGAGAAACUCGACUUUGCCACCUCACAGGUAGCAGUGAUGCAGCAGGAGCUGACUGCUCUUCAGCCCGAGCUGAUCAAAACCUCGGCUGAGACAAAUGAGAUGAUGGUGAAGAUCGAGAAGGAGACGGUGGAGGUGGAUGCAAAGAAAGAGCUCGUAGCUGCAGAUGAGAAAGUAGCUAAUGAGGCUGCUGCAGCUGCCAAAGCCAUUAAGGAUGAGUGUGAAGGAGACCUUGCAGAGGCGAUGCCAGCAUUAGAAGCAGCUCUUUCAGCUCUGGACACACUGAAACCUGCUGACAUCACAGUGGUGAAGUCCAUGCAGAACCCUCCUGGUGCUGUUAAACUUGUCAUGGAGUCCAUCUGUGUAAUGAAGGGCAUCAAACCGGAGAGGAAACCUGAUGCUGGUGGCUCUGGUAAAAUGAUCGAGGAUUAUUGGGGUCCAUCUAAGAAGUUGCUGGGAGACAUGAAGUUCCUGGAAAACCUCAAAGCCUUUGAUAAAGACAACAUCCCAGCUGCCAACAUCAAGAAGAUCCGUGAGAAGUUUAUUGACAAUCCUGAUUUUCAACCUGCACUGAUUAAAAAUGUAUCAUCUGCCUGUGAGGGUUUGUGCAAGUGGGUCCGGGCCAUGGAAGUGUAUGAACGAGUGGCCAAAGUGGUGGCCCCAAAGAAAGCGAGGCUCUGCCAGGCAGAGGAGGAGUUGGCAGUUCAAAUGAAGACUCUUGCAGUGAAACGUAGUGAACUGAAAGCCGUUGAGGACCGUUUGAGCUCCUUGAAUGACACGUUUGCUGGGAUGAUGCAGAAGAAAAAGGACCUGGAAGACAACAUCGAGCUCUGCUCACAGAAACUGAUACGGGCUGAGAAGCUGAUCUGUGGACUGGGAGGUGAAAAGGACAGGUGGACCGAAGCAGCACAUUUCUUGGGAAUCAGAUACACCAACCUAACCGGGGAUGUGCUUCUUUCUUCAGCCAUAGUGUCAUACCUGGGGGCUUUUACAGUAGAUUACCGUGUGAAAUGCCAGGAGGAAUGGCAUCAAAUUUGUAUAAAAAAAAAAGUACCAUGUUCUGAAGACUUCACACUUAGCAACACUCUUGGCAAUCAAGUUCUGAUACGGGCAUGGCGGAUUGCUGGGUUACCCGUAGACGCUUUCUCCACAGACAAUGGCAUCAUUGUGUCAAAUUCCCGCCGCUGGCCACUCAUGAUAGACCCUCAGGGACAGGCCAACAAGUGGAUCAAAAACAUGGAGAAGACCAACAAGCUGGCCAUCAUCAAACUCUCAGAUGGUAACUAUGUGCGAAUCUUAGAAACUGCUAUCCAAUUUGGAACCCCAGUCCUCCUGGAGAACGUGGGUGAGGAGCUGGAUGCUGUGCUAGAUCCAGUUCUUCUGAGGCAGACAUUCAAGCAGCAAGGUGUAGAAUACCUGAAGCUGGGUGAGAACAUCAUAGAAUAUUCCCAUGACUUCCGGUUCUAUAUAACCACUGGGUUGAGGAACCCACAUUACCUGCCUGAAGUGGCCGUGAAGGUGUGUUUGCUGAAUUUUAUGAUUACACCUCUCGGGUUGCAAGACCAGCUUCUUGGCAUUGUUGCUGCUAAAGAGAAACCAGAAUUGUCUGAAAAGAAAAACCAACUCAUCCUUGAGAGUGCAGCCAACAGCAAGAAACUUAAAGAGAUUGAGGACAAGAUACUGGAGGUUCUCUCGUCAUCUGAGGGGAACAUCCUGGAAGAUGAGACAGCUAUCGAGGUGCUGUCUUCCUCCAAGAUCCUGUCAGAGGAGAUCUCAGAGAAGCAGAAGAUUGCAAGUGAAACUGAGCUGGAGAUUGACCAGACACGGAUGGGAUAUCGCCCUGUGGCUGAGCACUCAGCCAUCCUGUUCUUCUGCAUCUCUGACCUGGCCAAUAUUGAGCCAAUGUACCAAUACUCGCUCACAUGGUUUAUCAACCUCUAUCUUCAGUCCAUCAUUCAGAGUACACCAAGUGAAGACUUAACUACUCGAAUUAAUAACAUCCUUGAGCACUUCACUGUGAGCAUCUACAACAACGUCUGCCGCUCGCUCUUUGAGAAGGACAAGCUGCUCUUUGCACUGCUCCUCACUGUUGGAAUCAUGCAUGGCAAAGGUGAAAUCAAUGACCUCAUCUGGCGCUUCCUGCUCACCGGUGGUGUUGCACUUGACAACCCACACCCAAACCCCGCCCCUGAGUGGCUGUCGGACAAGGCAUGGUCAGAGGUGGUUCGAGCAUCAAAGCUCCCAGGGCUUGAAGGUCUCUUUGAAGAUGUGCGUGAAAACGUGGCUGAGUGGAAGCGUGUUUACGACUCAAGCCGGCCACAUGAGGAGCACUUCCCGGGAAAAUGGCACACCCUAGGGGGCAUGAAGCGUAUGACAGUGUUGCGCUGCUUCCGCCCCGAUAAACUAGUUCCUGCUGUGCAGCAAUUCAUUGUGGAGAAUAUGGGAAGAACCUACAUCGAACCACCAACUUUCGACUUGGCAAAAAGCUACAGUGACUCCAACUGCUGCUCACCACUAAUUUUUAUACUCUCAGCAGGGACAGAUCCCACUGCAGUAUUGUUAAAGUUUGCUGAAGAUGUGGAUAUGGGGGGCAGUAAGACCCAGGCUGUGUCCCUUGGUCAGGGACAGGGCCCUGUCGCUGCUAGCAUCAUCAACUCUGCUCUUAGCAACGGAACAUGGGUUGUGCUACAAAACUGUCACCUUGCAACGAGCUGGAUGCCAACAUUGGAGAAAAUCUGUGAGGAGGUGAUCACACCUGAGAACACACACCCUGAUUUCAGGCUGUGGUUGACCAGUUACCCAUGUGAGUUGUUCCCGGUCAGUAUCCUGCAGAAUGGAGUGAAGAUGACUAACGAGCCUCCUAAAGGACUGAGAGCCAAUCUGCUGCGCUCCUACAUCUCUGACCCAGUGUGUGACCCUACCUUCUUCGACAGCUCCACCCAACCACACGCAUGGAGGAAACUGCUGUUUGGUCUCUGCUUUUUCCAUGCUCUCGUCCAGGAGAGGAGAUCCUAUGGCCCGCUAGGCUGGAACAUCCCAUAUGAGUUUAAUGAGUCUGACCUGAGGAUCAGCAUGCGUCAGGUUCAGAUGUUCCUGGAUGAGUAUGAGGAGAUUCCUCUCGAGGCACUGACUUACCUGACUGGUGAGUGUAAUUAUGGUGGUAGGGUGACUGAUGAUAAAGAUCGGAGGCUUCUGCUCUCACUGCUCUCCACCUUUUACUGCUCUGAGCUCAUUCAGCAGGACAAAUACAGACUGUGUGAGGGAGACCUGUACUAUGUACCACCACAUGGACCAUAUCAGAGUUACAUCGACUACACCCGCAGCCUGCCAAUCACAGCUGAGCCUGGGGUCUUCGGUCUCCACAGCAACGCUGACAUCACCAAAGACAACCAGGAGACCAAUCAGCUGUUAAAUGGAGUGUUACUCACCCUGCCCAGGCAAACAGGGGGAGGAGCCAAAUCUCCUCAGGAAGUGGUAGAUGAGUUGGCAGCAGACAUUAUGUCAAAGUUACCACUAGAUUUCAACACUGAGAAGGUGAUGGCUAAAUAUCCAGUGAUGUACGAGGAGUCAAUGAACACGGUACUACGGCAGGAGAUCAUUCGCUUUAACAGGUUGACGGAGGUGGUUCGCAGCAGCUUGGUCAAUAUCCAGAAGGCUCUAAAGGGGCAGGUGGUUAUGUCUGCAGAGCUGGAGAACGUAUUUAACAGCAUGCUGGUUGGGAAAGUUCCAGCCAUGUGGGCUGCUAAGUCUUACCCUUCACUCAAACCUCUCGGCAGCUAUGUCUCUGACCUGCUGUCCAGACUCCACUUCCUUCAGGAUUGGAUAGAUAACGGACCCCCAACUGUGUUCUGGCUCUCUGGAUUCUACUUCACACAGUCCUUCCUCACUGGAGUGUCUCAGAAUUUUGCACGCAAAUACACCAUCCCCAUUGACUACAUCGGCUUUGAGUUUGAGGUGUGUGGUCAAGAGGAGGAGAUGGAGGUGAAGCCUGAGGACGGGGCGUAUGUUCGUGGUUUAUUCCUGGAGGGAGCUCGGUGGGAUCGGGAACGGAUGGUCAUCGGAGAAUCUCUUCCCAAAAUCCUCUUUAACUCACUGCCCAUCAUCUGGCUGAAGCCUGGUGAGAGCAGCAAAUUCCUGCACGAAAAUGUGUAUGUGUGUCCCGUGUACAAGACGAGUGCAAGGCGAGGCACACUGUCCACCACGGGCCACUCCACCAACUACGUCAUGCCCAUCGAGCUGCCCUCUGACCAGCCACAGAAACACUGGAUCAACCGCGGAGUGGCUGCUCUUUGUCAGCUGGACGACUGAGUACACACAUACACACACACACACAUACACACAUACACACACACACAUACACACAUACACACACACACACACACACACUCACACACACUUCAGUAACAUGUCACAGUGUUGUGAAUAAUAAACACAUGUAAAUCUU